GUGUGUACAACAUUCAAGCUAGUUAAGAUACGCUGAAAAUCUGGGAACAACAUAACAGUACACUGCCCAACGGCUAGCUAGCUGUACGUGCUGUGUAUGGCUGAUGAUGCACAGUGCGCAUGCAUGACAUGACUAAGAUUAAGAAACGCAAGCUCGCAAUUGUAUGUUACUACUAAUGUUGCACACAUUCGCCCAAAACGGAACUGUACAACUCUGCAUACUAUUCUUCAAAGCUACGCCAAUAAAUACUGGGGUUGCAGAUUUGGAUUGCACAUGUGUACAUCAUGUCUUCAGAAUACCUUUGCAAUCCUCUUUACUAUGUGGAAGCCAUGAGACAUAAACAUCCACAGCUGCUAAAUGACUGGUGCUGCACCGAGUUGUCUCAUGUUCUAGAUUUCAGUGGAUCAGAUGGGCUUGGUCAGGUGUUGGCUGGUGUUGUUGAUUUACGUCACGGCAAGACAUUUGUCAAAAAGUUCACUAAAAACAAGCAGAGAGCUAAUUCCCAAAGUGGGGUAUUUGGUGCGCCUCUGUCAGAAGACGGUUACCGUCAGGCUCGACAACUCAUUGACUUCCUGAAGGAUUUUAUUACCAAGGAAGGUAUCUUUCGUGUACCUGGUAACUCUGAGCGUCAGCGUCGGUUGAAGGACAAGAUUAGUAGUGGUCUUUUGGUUGACCUCGAGAAUGAUGUGUUUACCGCACAUGAUGUAGCUUGCGUCUUGAAAACAUUUCUUGGAGACCUACCUGAACCACUGCUGACAGACAAGCACUAUCCAGCUCAUGUACAGGCUGCAGGUCUUACAUAUGAAAUGGAUAAAGUUCCAAGCCUAACUGAAGAGUUGGGGAGAAGGUAUCAAGCCCAGAGAAUCCAUGAGCACAUCACAGCAUUACGCUAUCUGUUCCUCAUGCUUCCACCUGUCAACUUUAAAAUGCUGAGAGAAAUUCUGGAGCUUCUGCAUUGCAUCACUAAGCAGGAAAAACUGAAUAAAAUGUCUGCCUUUAACUUGGGUGUCAUGUUUGCACCACACAUUCUGUGGCCCAGAUAUUUGACCACCGAAGAUCUUCGCAAUCAGGUACUUGUCAAUAAACUCAAUUGUGGUGCAGAGUUUAUGAUCACUCAAUGUCACAAAAUCUUCAAGGUACCAGCUAAGAUGUUGAAAAGAUGUGAGCAGUACGUCAAAAAUGGCAAGCUUGAAGAUGAUGAAGAACCAAAACCCAAAGAAAGGAAGGCAAAGGAUGAGUGUGACAGUAAAUCUAAAGUUGGCCUGGUUAUUGGUACUCCACAAACAUCUACUGUUCAGGUAAAGAAAGAACAAACCCAGACUGAGGCAGCACUCGCUCACCUGUAUGCCAGUGUCCAAGAUAUGCCCCCUAGUGCCAAGAAGAGAAAGCUUAUGAAACAGUUUGCUAAAAACUGCAACAUGCCAGGGACACCUACGCAAGUGAAAGAGGACAUACUCUUAAGAAGUCAAGAGAGACACUGCAGACAGCGUAAGCAUGUACGCAGUAGAUCAGCAGGUGAUGCCAUUUGUAAACGUGUUGAGGCUUCAGCAGAUGUCAAAAGAAGACGACCUGCUCCCAAUCCCCCGGUGGAGCAUGAAAAGACUAUUCAGCAGAGAAUGAACUUGCGCAAUGUGAGACAUGAGCUUUUGGAUCAACUUCAAAAAAGUUAUGCCAAAAGCUGCACUCCUCCCUCAACCCCAGAGACCACCACUACCACUUCAGCACGAGGUUCAUAUGCUAGAUCUGAUCUAUCUCCUGCUAAAACUCACAAGAAGAGAAGGGCUCCUCCCACUCCAAAGCAGCAAGAAGAACAGCAACUUGCUACAGCAACUAAGUUAUCACAAGUAAUCAAGCCUGUUCUUCGUGAGCGUCCUUCUUCACAGUUAUUGAAACAACAAAGUGAUAGGCCUGCAUGUAGAACACCAGAAUCAGGUGGAUUGCCUAUGAUGAAGCCAGUACCGAAGCCAAGGAAACUAAAGGAAGACGGUCAGGUUGCCUGUGUUUAUCAUGGACACAGUCAUCCACAACCAAGAAACGGACAGAAACAUGAGCUGAACAGUUUGGUGUGAGUCAAACUGGAUGCAUCAACAUGAAGAUGGAAUUGAACAAAAGUAACUGUACGUGUACUUACUUCAGUAGGAUUGGAUAUAUCCUACGUGUACAAUGUAUGCAGAACAUUUUUAUCCAUGUAUAUUUCACAAGCUUGUAGCCUCUAACUUCCAAUGUUUAUGCAUUAGUGCUACAUUUUGAUGUCCUUUGGUUUCCCAAAGGAUUUAUUAGUGAACAUAAGCUGCCACCUUUUAGUACUGCACUUCUUACUCAAAUUGAUUUGAGUUGUAUUCUUUUAAAUACAUGUAACAACUUGAUAACCUUAGUUUGCAUAAGUCAUCAGACCUUAACAUUAAAGGGCUUUAAAGACUGUAACAUCUGCACGUAUAUGCACCAAAUACUGUGAUAAAUGUAAUGAGUCAGCAUUAACGGCCCAUAAAAACCCUUUUUUUUAUUCCAAGAAUAAUAAGCACACACAUCCUAAGGAGGAAGAAUCUGGCACCCAUAUAAAGACUGGGGUAAGACUGUCAAUGGGAAAUGUUACCAACUUAAAAACCUCAUAGAAAACACAUAUUAGAAGGAACAGGGAAAUUUUGAGGGGAGAUCAUGCGUCUAAAGGAAGGUGUCAAAAGUAAGUACGAGCAGUCUGAUUUAGAUACAUGUAGUGGCACCUGGUUUCCCUCUUAUAGGUAGUCAUACAUUGAUUCACUCAGAUCCAAAUGUGUAAUAAUCAAUUGCCUACUGUUGCAGUGAUGUUCUUGUACAUGUAACUAAUACAAAAUUUGUAGGGGGGGACAUGAAGGGGUGCAUGUAUUGCAAUUUACUGUGGCAAUUACACUGACCAGUAAAUUGACUUUAUAUUCACACUGUCAUUUGAACACUCUAAUGUCCGUGCAAUCUAUAGACAUUUCUUAUGACCAAAAUUAGAAGGUAUCACUACAGGGCCAUCCUGUUUGCACGCAGGUGGUGUGCACAGGUGAAAUUCCUCCUUGACCAAUAGGCAGCAGUCAAUUGCCGAAGUGGGCGUGCAUGCUCAGCUUGAGACAGCUGUGUGAGUGAAAAUGGCCCAUUGGAAUGGCAUCUUGUCAGGUUUGUCUCUACAUGUACACACACACACAAAAUAAAAUGCAUCAAGAUGCAUAUGGCAAUAAGUAUAGGACACAAAUAAAUCACUUUUGAAUUUACGGUGAGUUUGCAGUGAAUCUGAGGAUACAAGAUUGAAGAUAAAUAACAAUAUCCACAUUUCUGUCAUUACCAGAAUCCAGAAUUAAUAUGGCUUCCAUCUACUCACCGCCACAUUUCUGAUUGCAUGAGUAGUUAAUAGCUCGAUCAUAUCUGAACAAAUGGCACAUACUGUGUCAACAAUGUAUGAAGUGUAUGUCAAUAUGCAUUAGUAAUGCGAGUCAUUAAGUUGAUGAAACUUUAUCAACUGAUCAAGACACACACUGAUACUUAUCAACAUAAAAUUCUCACUUGUUGUUUUUUGGGGGGUUUAAUGUUAGCAUUGUACAGAUAUUGUGCAGAAGUAUUUGGGACUGAAAGAUCUUAUAUUGAAAGUGAAAUUAUAAAGAUUAUGAUUAAUAACCUUAACCUUCUAGACAGCGCUCCUAGAACCUUUUUUAAUCUUCUUGAUUCUUCUACAACUCAUUCCAAUCAUUUGGAUUACUUUUUUAUUUUAUAAUGCAUGUAAUUAAUAACUUGGACAAAAUCUAUUUCCCUGUUUGUUACAAAAGCAAUAAAAUUAUCUAAGGACCAUACAUGAUUUUAAAAAGUCUAUUAUGAGCUCAUAAACAAAAGACUUAUAUUCCGACCUGGCAUGCUUAUCAAAUUUAAAAUGUAAAAAUGUAAUAAAAAAUGUAAAAAUUAGAAAGUGAAAUGUGGCAUUGGGCAAGUUACAGUUUUGAGGGUCACAUUGCCAUAUGACUCGAAUUUUCAUACUACCGGUGGGCCAAACUUUGUUUUUCUAAAAGCUUUUUGGUCUCUUUCCAGUGAAAUAUUUUUCAAACAAAUUUCUCAUCCAAUAAAGAGUCCCCUUGAUUUAGCAAAACACUUUUGGUUUGUGCAGAGCUGUGCGCUAUACCCAUAGUUUUGUUGCAUGAAUACCAUAUAAAUCCAUCGUUAAAUAAUGAUGACUUGUAGUAUGUGGGAUUACUUCAAAUUUGUUUUGUUCAUCAAAACACCAUUUACCGAAAAAAGGCUGACUGGUAAUUAUUAUGUUGUACUUUUCAGGGUUUUUACAGUUUAGAAAACUUGGACCUCAAUUCAGUUUGGAUGGGAAAAAGGAGAAUUCAUAAAAUAUAAAUGCCCACCUCACUAGUUUUUAUCAAUCUGAGCAAUGUAAACCUAAAAUUAAUCUUAACUGGACUUUAAACAAAGGCCUACUUAGUGGAUACAGCAGGUGAUACCUAAGUUGGGUUGAAAGCAUUAGUUCUGAAAAUAUUUAUCCAUUAUUUGGGAUGAGAUACAUUUUCGGUUUAUUUUUUAAUUAAUAUGGAUAACUUUUAUUUGUACAGUAGUCAAAGCUUGAAAUUUGAUUCAUGACAAUGGACCAUACGUGCAGGUAGUGAGCUUGAAAGUAAACAAAUGGCAAACACUCCAUUCACAAAUAAAACCGGAAUAUUGGAUGUAGAAUUUA